AUGCCGAUCAGCCCGGAAGAUGCCGGUGUUGAGAUCCAGAGAUUCAUUACGGGGCUCAAUGCAUCGAAGCAUAGUGCACGAGAGAAAGCUCUCAAGGCUUUUAGGGCUUUCGUGGAAAAGCAGGGCAUGGAAUUCUACGACGAUGAUGUCGACUCCUUGCUCCUUGGGGACGGGUACACGAUGGGCCUGAUGCAAUGGUGCGGUGAGAGCUCUACUGGCACGCAAGGGGCAUUGAAAAGGACAGCAGCGACGGCAAUUUCACUGCUCAAGUGGCUGGUGUCCUUGCGGGACCCAUCUGGAGACGAGAAUAUAUUCCUUGCAAGAUUUCUGCAGGUGGCGUUGGAAGAUUUACGGAAAAUGAGGCUUGAGCUCCAUUUGCUCAUUACGGGGACUCAAAAGGGCAGCAAGGCAUCUUCUCGAGGAGGCAAUAGUGAGGAGGCGUGCGAAAUCGUCAGCCUGGUUUUGCAACGCCAUCGUGAUGACUUGGGCGAGGCGGAGGAAAUCUCUGUGGAGGAGCUUCUUCCUGGAGAAGAGGCCAGAAAGAUUUUCAUGGACUGGCUACAGCGAACGGCCAUGGGAAAGCAAGAUACACUUCGUCUCAACCCAAGCGACCAAGAGAGACGGCGUUAUCCAGAUGCUGGUGUAGGUGGUUCCACCGAAGGUUCGACCAGAAACAACGAUGAGGGGGCAGGGGAGGCAGCAGAUGACGGGCCGGACGGAGUCAACGACGACGACACACCGUUGACUUGGGCAGAGGUGGACCAAGAACAGUUCGUCGCAUUGAACAGCCGCGCAAGCCCGGUAGCUGUAGACUUGGCGGCCAAAGCUGACGAGCCUGUCGCGGACCCGCUGGGACUUAAGCAAGUGGACCUUCGGGUGUAUCAGAAGACUCUUGUUGAAGGCGACACAUCAGCGGUUGUGGAAGUGGACGGGGCUGACCGAGAAGUGUCUGGCACAUUACAAGCCAAGAAGCGCGCUCUUCUUGGCCAAAAAGAUCGAUUACGCUUGCUGAAGAAGAUGCAGUCCGGGAAAGAGCGUGUGCAGCGCAAAAUGGAUCGCAAGCGAAGCGACAAAGGGGAACGGAUGCGAGAUGGCGAGAUCGGAUCCGUACCCGAAAGCAAUCGCUCUGUUGUGCCUACUAUGGAAGACUUCGACCCGGCUCUCUUCAUGACUGUGGUCCAUGCCACCGCAUCGUUCAACGACAUUCGAAACGGACUUGAGAGUCUCGACGGCGCCAAAGCGAACCAGGCAAGCGAGCUUCAGCAUCUGGUGCGGGAUCAUUUCGACAGCUUCGUUCGCUGUGCGGACAGCAUCGAGAAAUACGCAAGCCAUAUCAACAUGGAAUUGUCCAAGAACAAGGAACAGCCGAAGGAAAAAGCUCCAUCUCGUCCAAAAACGCUUGCUCAACUAAGGAUGCAACUUAAGGCUGAGCGAGAAGUGGAAGGUCAAUCUCGCCCUGCGGGGGCAGUGGGCGAAACCUGGACGGGAGCGGGGCCCGCAAAGAGCCACCUCAAGGAGCUUACAAGACUCAUGGAGGGCGCGCGAACAGAAGCUGGGAAAAACACUAGCCAGUUACUGCAGAAGCUCGACAACAUCAAGCAGGUUCGCGCCGCCCAGCAUCUUCUUUCUGAGAAGGGGUCGAUUCUCGAUAUCCCCCGCGAGAUGUCAGCUUGCAUGGCAGACGGGAGGUACAUGGAGCUGGUGAAGCUCUACAGGAAGGCUCACACGACUUACAGCUCUUCAAUUCUCAGCAAGGUGAGGGUUGAGGCGGAAGCAGUUGGCCAGCAAGCGUGCAUACGUCUAGUGGAAAUACUGCGCAGCCCAGAUGUCAGCCUCGAGCAGCAGGUAGAUGCCGUGGGCCAUCUUCAGGACCUUCAAUACGAUGGGGACGAGCCAUUACAGGCGUGCUUUGACUACCAAAAGGGUAACUUUCUGGACAACGCCAGUCAAUGCCGGGAAGCGAUGGAAGCCCUUCUAGUGGACGCAUUUGCGUACCGGCGAGCGCGCGGGAGAAUCGGAAGGAAGAGCGACGCACAGCAGCAAAACACCAGACGGCAGCUCCAGUACCAUCCGAUCCGAUGCGCGUCGGGUUUCAUCGGCAAUAUCACCCGCAAGGUCUCUAGCAUCCAAGCCCGGGUCUACGUCGGAGGAUCUCACAGACUCUGA